GGCUCUUUUCUCUACCUCAGUCUUGGCAGCAGCGGCCGCAGCAGCACCAGCAGCAGCAGCAGCAGCGGUGGCGGCAGCAGCUGGGCAGGCGGCAGGAGUGGGGAGUGAGGCACACGGGGGAGGUGCAGGGGCCCGAGGGGCAGCUCGAAUGGGACAGGGCCCCCAGCCCUGGACAGAUGCAGUGCCAAACUUGAUGUCACCCGCCAGCUUCUCCGGAUUAAAGAGGGAAUGGAUGUGGCCACAGCUCCAAAGCAGGCCUGGACCCCGUGGUGUCCCCUCCUUUUCCUGCUCCUCCUGCCUGGAGGGGGCAGUGGCAGCUGCCCUGCUGUGUGUGACUGUACCUCCCAGCCCCGGGCAGUGCUCUGUGCUCACAGGCGACUGGAGGCUGUACCUGGGGGGCUCCCGCUGGACACUGAGCUCCUGGACCUGAGUGGGAACCACCUGUGGGGGCUUCAGCGGGGAAUGCUCUCCCGCCUGGGCCUGCUCCAGGAACUGGACCUCAGCUACAACCAGCUCUCCACUCUGGAGCCCGGGGCCUUCCAUGGCCUGCAAAGCCUACUCACCCUGAGGCUGCAGGGCAAUCGGCUCAGAAUCAUGGGGCCCGGGGUCUUCUCAGGCCUGUCUUCCCUCAAGCUGCUGGACCUCCGCCUCAACCAGAUUGUCCUCUUCCUAGAUGGAGCUUUUGGGGAGCUAGGCAGCCUCCAGCAGCUGGAAGUUGGGGACAACCACCUGGUGUUUGUGGCUCCAGGAGCCUUUGCAGGGCUGGCCAAGCUGAGCACCCUCACCCUGGAGCGCUGCAACCUCAGCACAGUGCCUGGCCUGGCCCUCGCCCGACUCCCGGCACUAGUGGCCCUUAGGCUUCGAGAGCUGGAUAUCGGGAGGCUGCCAGCUGGGGCACUGCGGGGGCUGGGGCAGCUGAAGGAGCUGGAGAUCCACCACUGGCCAUCUCUGGAGGCUCUGGACCCCGGGAGCCUGCUUGGGCUCAAUCUCAGCAGCCUGGCCAUCACCCGAUGCAACCUGAGCUCAGUGCCCUUCCAAGCACUGCACCACCUGAGCUUCCUCAGAGUCCUGGAUCUCUCUCAGAACCCCAUCUCAGCCAUUCCAGCCCGAAGACUCAGCCCCCUGGUGCGACUCCAGGAGCUACGACUGUCAGGGGCGUGCCUCACCUCCAUCGCUGCCCAGGCCUUCCACGGCUUGACUGCCUUCCACCUCCUGGAUGUGGCAGACAAUGCCCUUCAGACACUAGAGGAAACAGCCUUCCCUUCUCCAAACAAACUGGCCACCCUGAGGCUGUCCGGCAACCCCCUAACCUGUGACUGCCGCCUCCUCUGGCUGCUCCGGCUCCGCCACCACCUGGACUUUGGCACAUCCCCCCCUGCCUGUGCUGGCCCCCAGCAUGUCCAGGGGAAGAGCCUGAGGGAGUUUUCAGACAUCCUACCUCCAGGGCACUUCACUUGCAAACCAGCCCUGAUCCGAAAGUCGGGGCCUCGAUGGGUCAUUGCAGAGGAGGGGGGGCGUGCUGUUUUCUCCUGCUCUGGAGAUGGAGACCCAGCCCCCACUGUCUCCUGGAUGAGGCCUCAGGGGGCUUGGCUGGGAAGGGCUGGGAGAGUAAGGGUCCUAGAGGAUGGGACACUGGAGAUUCGCUCCGUGCAGCUGCGGGACAGAGGGGCCUAUGUCUGUGUGGUCAGCAACGUGGCUGGAAAUGACUCCCUGAGGACCUGGCUGGAAGUAAUCCAAGUUGAACCACGAAAUGGCACCCUCUCCGACCUCAACAUCACCAUGCCAGGGAUCCCUGGGCCCUUCUUUCUGGAUAGCAGAGGCCUGGCUAUGGUGCUGGCUGUCGGCUUCCUCCCCUUCCUCACCUCAGUGACCCUCUGCUUUGGCCUGAUUGCCCUCUGGAGCAAGGGCAAGGGCCGGGUCAAACAUCACAUGACCUUCGACUUUGUGGCACCUCGGCCCUCUGGGGAUAAAAACUCUGGGGGUAACCGGGUCACUGCCAAGCUCUUCUGACCUUUCCUUCCACGCUGGUGACCCACCCAAGUCAGCUCCAGAGGCAGAAACAGAACCAAGGCUACUUGGACCAGAACCUAGUCCCAAGCAGCAAACGUCUCCACAUCCCCUGCCUGCACUGCGCCAGAAACUAGCGAUGCCUCUGCUAGAGUCUGCCUCCCUGAGCUUUUCCCAUCCAUCCUCUCUUCUCCCAAGGUCCCAGGGAGCUGCAGGUACAGACCAUGUGGUCAGUGCAGCCCUCCUUGGUCCCCUACCCCUUCCACACACACAAAGCAAGAAACAUAACCAAGGCUCCAGUCUGCUAGUGUAACCACUGGGCUUUCUUCACACACACUUACAUCUUUUAAUAACCAAUAUCACUUGCCAACCACAGCUACAAGAUCAUUUCAGACGUGGGGCUGGGAAGUGCCAUUUGCUUCCUGGAGUCUCUAUUCCUCAACCAGGCAGUCUCCCUUUCUUUUUUGUUUCCCACCCCCACCCCCACCCUUGCCCCUAGGCUCCAGGAACUAGAGCCCAGGGUUCUGAGGCUAUGGAGAAGAGGAUGGGGACAGACCACACACUGGUCCUGUGUCUGCAUGAGCCUCCACCACCUUCCUCUGUCCGUCAGACCAUUAAACCUGCUGCCAGAAGGCCACAACAGCAGCAGCCAAACCUAAA